AUGACAAAGCACGUCAACAGUAACAGCGACGACGUCUCAACUGACGAUUGCACCCAACGCACCCAGACCCACGCCCAUAACGACCUCCACGACGGCCAUCACGUCCCUGUAGCAGUAGCGGUUCCCAUGACCAGUCAUGUCUCAUCAUCCACUCGCGACUGCGUCUCCACUGCGCGACGAAAGACCGUCCACAGCUUUUCGUUCCGAUCCCUCACCGGCUCCAAGGUCCUGCGUCUGUCCGAGUAUGCGGGCAAGCCUAUUCUCAUCGUAAACGUAGCUUCCCAUUGCAACUCGACGACCACGGCCUAUGUCCAGCUGAACGACUUGAGCCAGCGCUUCCCGAAGCUCGUGAUCCUUGGCUGUCCGUGCAACCAGUUCGGUCAUCAGGAGAACCUCAAUGGAGACGAGAUUUACCAGAGCUUGCGGCACGUUCGACCGGGAAAAGGCUUUGAGCCAGCGUUUCCGCUUACGGAGAAAGUCGAGGUCAAUGGCGCGCACGCCCAUGCGGUGUUUAACUUUCUGCGCAUGGCGCUGCCUCACCCGUGCGAUCGCACGCUGCUGGACGAAAUGACGACACCCAGUGGCGUCUUUUCGCACCCGAUGCGACUCGUUUGGAUGCCAGUGACUCGCGCAGACGUGAGCUGGAACUUUGAAAAGUUCCUCGUUAGCCCGGACGGCACGCCGUACAGACGCUACAGCCCCAAGCUGGACUUUACCGCUAUGGUUGAGGACAUUGAGCUGUUGUGCAAGGUGGACCUGUCGAUUGCAGGGCAGCUAUGA